UUUCAGAUUGUUAAUUCGUGCCUUAUAUGUAAUUUCCUUGCAUUAUUAUUAUUAUUUUAAAGAAAUAAUCAGAAAAGAUUUGCUGAGAUGUUUUACUAUCCAGAAGUCCUGAGGCGUCAUACGGGAUGCUUCUCUACAAUCUGGCUUGUCGCUACAAAAGGCAUCAAAGUCCCUCGUCGGGAUUUCCUAAAAGUGAAUGUUACAAGCACCUGUGUUAACAUCAUGAACUACGUGCUGCAGCUGAUCCCAGCACCUCGACCAGGCCUGCCACAACCCCGGUUCUCCCUCUACUUAUCCUCCCAGCUCCAGUAUGGCGUCAUUGUUGUCUACCAUCGUCAGUGUGCCAUUCUACUGGAGGAUCUUCAGACUGUUGUGGGUCGGCUGGUGAAGCACAAAAUCUCCGAGAAGAUUGACAUCGAUGACCAAACCAGACAAGCUCUGCUCUUCCCUGAUGCACUGGCCCUCCUGGAGGAGACAGAGGGAGCCCCGGACCCCUUAUUUGGAGUCAUGCACUUUCAGGAAGCCCUGCCCAGUCCCAAUACACUGAUACAGAUGGGCCAGGAGCGUAUGAGAGGAGCCUCUCCUGAGCAGCCUCAACCAACCAGUCGUGCUUCUCCAGCAGAAGAUAGCAUGAUGGCUCCUACUGACAGCAUCACUCUGAGAGACAGAGACCCUGCCAGUAUACCCGCUUCAGAGUUUGAUUGGGUGGAGUUUGGAGAUCAUUCUCCAGAUACUGUUGACCUCCUGUUGGCCCAAGCUGAUCACUUCCCAGAGGGAGAUAUGGAGCUACGGACAGAAGGAGUGACAGAGGGAGAGGAAGAGAGUGAGAUGGAAAGGGAACGUGAAGGGAGAGUGGCAGACAUGGAGGGAGUGCAAACAAAAGAGCUCACACGAUCCACUAUUGAAUUGCAGCCCACUGUUUCCAGUGAAGAUGCCAUGGUGCUGGUCCAGGAGGAGCCAGGCCUGCCCAUGGAGAGGCCUGCCCCCCCAGCAGAGGAGCAAACCCCACCACCUUUGCCCAUGCCCCCAUCCCCAUCUGGGGAAGAGCGGCGCCCAAGACAAAAAAGGCCAAGCCCAGAGAUGAGGAGGAGGAGGCAGCUGACCUUCUUUGACCCAGAGACCCAGCUGUCCCAGGAGGUGCUGCAGCAGCAGAUCAACAACCCUCUGACUGAGACCAAGAGUCCACUUUUCCCCCUGUCUCCCUCUCGCAGGCUGCUUCCCGCUGCUGACCUCCUCAACAAUCCCUGCAUCUUCUUGCCUGAGGCGCUGCAGUUGCUAUGGAGACCGGCUGCUGUCAUCACACCUCUCUCUGGGUUGGACCUGCAGGUCGGGGAGAGAGGGCCUGACUCCACCGACUCCGACAGGGAGAGAGAGCAAGAGAGAGCCAGCAUGGCCCAGAGGGAGCAGGAGACACAGGAGCUGAGCUCUGAAGAGGUCCCUAGAGAGAUGGCAGAAUCAGAAUUGUUUCUUCCUGAAAUUUCAGGCCCAGAUAUUCUCUCCCUGGAGGUCUCUGAUCAGAAAGAACUGUCUAGAGAGAUUUCGCCCCUGGGGACACCGGAGAGCAGAGAGUCGCCUGUCUCCAGGUCUGUGUCUAGACUGCAGGACAUCCCAGAGGAGGUGGAGGCAGUGCUGGGGACAGCAGAAGACGAGUCUCCUGAGCGCGGCCCCGAUGCUGACGUGUCUGGGAUCAUGCCGGAUCUUGCAGAGUUUGCAGAGCAUCAUGUGGCUCCUGUCCUUUUCCACUCUCUGCUGCCACCAGGGGUUGACCGCAGAACGGUCAGCAACAGCUUCUGGAGACUCUUGGAGAGUGUAUCGACCAGGAGGCUGCAUGUGGAGCAAGAUGAGCCUUACGGUGACAUCAGGAUUUCACCUGGACCCAGCUAUGAGGAGGGGGACCUGUGACUUGUUCAUAGGUGGAAAACUUGAGAGACGUUCACGUGUCACUCAAAUGUUCACACUCACUUCAAACACUUUUUUCAGAGUGAAAAAUUAGGUUCUCUUUGCAAGAUUUCUUUUCAGAUAUUGCAAUUCGAGCAAUUUGACUGCAGGGGAUAGCCCACUAUUUGUGUUUAAUCUUCCCAUGGAGUUAUUUAAUGAUGACUCUUGUUUGCAUGUUUGAAAUUAUUGUACUGUUUUAACGUUUUUAAAAGAUUUUAUACUUCAUGUCAUUACAUUUUCAGAGACAUGGGUUUGUUAUUGUGGUCCUGUUUACUUUUGUGGCCUAUGAGCUCAGUCAAAUUCAUUCCAUUUUGGAUGUUGUUUUAACCAGUUUUUAAUGUUAUAUUUUUAUUUUAUAUGUUAAAUUAAUGAUCUUGUUGUAAUUUAUUCUGU